AUGUCCGCUCGGACCAACUCCGCAUGCGCCGUUGUGCGUUCCCUUUCUAAGGCUGCCGUUGGUGGUAGCCGCUCCCCCGCCCUCCGGGGGGUUCUCCCCGCCACUACCCUUAUGAGGACCUAUUACUCUGGGCAAAAGAGACCAGAUGGUUCAGAACUUCCUAACGUUAGGAAAGCAGAAAGACUCCCGGUUGGACCUCUCUCAGCGCCAAUUGUAAACCCUGCUGACAAGUAUGCCUCUGCUGGUGAAUCGCUGCACGCAUAUGGGCGUUAUCUUAUCUCGUGCUUGCCAAAGCACAUUCAACAGUUUUCUGUCUGGAAAGACGAGCUUACAAUUUAUAUUGCCCCAACAUCUGUUCUUCCUGUGUUUGCCUUCUUAAAAAAUCACACUGCAGCCCAGUUCACUCAGGUUUCUGAUAUUACUGGUGUGGAUUAUCCUACAAGGAACAAUCGUUUUGAGGUCGUGUACAACCUCCUGUCUGUACACCACAAUUCUCGAAUUCGCGUCAAGACAUAUGCCGACGAAGCUACACCAGUUCCUUCAAUUUGCAGUCUCUACGAUGGUGCCAACUGGUAUGAACGUGAGGCGUAUGAUUUGUUUGGCAUUUUUUUCGUCGGACAUCCGGAUUUGAGGCGUAUUAUGACAGAUUACGGUUUCGAUGGACACCCUCUUAGGAAGGAUUUUCCAUUGACGGGAUACACUGAACUGCGGUACGACGAGGAGAAGAAGCGAAUCGUUGUGGAGCCCUUGGAGAUGACACAAGCUUUCAGGAACUUCCAAGGUGGCAGUAGUGUUUGGGAGCAGGUUGGAAGCGGUCGUGAUUAUAAACCCGAGUCGUUCAAACUCCCGACACCAGCUCCGGAACCGGAGAGUAAAGGUGAACAGAAGAAAUGA